AUGCAUAAUGUACCGGGGCCGGUUGCCGGGAGGCGGUCACUCGAGCAGGCCUGGGGCGCAUUCGAAUUCAACACCUUUGCUGCUCUCCGCGUCACCAGUGCGAUCGUACGUUCUGUGAUCAAACGACGUGAAGGUCUUGUCAUCAACAUCGAACUGGGGACAAUGGUCAACAACACUAGUACGACGCCAUUGAACACUCUGUAUUGUGUCGCAAAAGCUGCGCUACGUAGCAUUGCCGGAGCCAUUCGGCAUCAACUUAGUGAUGCUCGUCGUACCGGGCGGUGUCGAACCCAACAUCUCCAAAGGCCAAGUUCUUAA